UUGUGUUCUAAUAACUUCCUUUUUCAAAAGAAUUGGAAUUAUUUGGAACCAGAAACAAAAGAGUUGUGAACGAGAAUGGUUGUGCUUCAAUCGACGACAUCAUCAACGGCAGAGGACCACCCCAGUUUGAGGGGUACUCCAUUGGCUAUGUUGGCCGCCCAGUGCAAUAAAUUGAGCAGUAAGUCACCACCACCAUUGGCCGAUGCCGCUGUGGGCAAGGGUUUUCAUCCGUGGAAGAAAAGCCCAACAUCGCCCAAUCAUCAUACACAAACGAAUAAUAAUAACAGUAGUAACAACAAUAAUACUAAUAAUAACAACAACAAUAACACUUCAACAGGUUCGAGCAGUUCAAAUGCAUCGGUGGGACAACAUUCACCCUGUGCUAUAUCAUCAUCCGCAUCGUCGACAAAUUCAACGGGAACAAAUCAUUCGGCAGGCAUUAGUAUGUCAUCAUCGGUUGGGGCUGGAAAUUCGUUGACUUCAAGAAGUCUGGCUGGCAGUGGAAUUAACACAAUGGUCAAUAUAACAGCCAGCAUUUAUCCUUACAGUCGCCCGAUAACAUCAUCCUGUGCUGCUGUCACCACACCCUCGGCGUAUGGCAGUGAUCUCUUCUAUCCGAAUUCAUCAACCACAACCGGUGGUAUGGUUGGCGAUCAGCAUCACAUGCAUCAGGGAUUGUUGGGUAAGGUGGAGGGAGCCACCUUUGGUUCUGUAUAUUCACGCCACCCUUACGAUUGGCCUUUUAAUGCUGUCACAGCACAGGCCCAUAAAGCAGCUGAGGCUGCCAGUGUGAAUACGGGGUGGUGGGAUAUGCAUAGUGCCGCAGCUGCAGGCAGCUGGUUGGAUAUGGGCGGUGCUGCUGGCAUGCAUUCGACCAUGGCUAAUUAUGCAACGGCUAGCUCAGAUUAUUCGUCGGCAUUGAGUCACUCCUUGUCGAAUACGGCACACUUGUUGGGUUCGGGACAACAUUUGUUGCAGGACACUUACAAGAGUAUGUUACCCAGUCAGGGAGUUGGUGGCUUCUCACUGCCACACAGUUCACCAUCGGCCGCAUCGACGGCAUCCACACCCCAAUCAUCAUCACCCACCACCCCCUCGUCUAGAUCUCAAAGACGUUAUGCCGGACGAGCCACCUGUGAUUGUCCCAACUGUCAAGAAGCCGAACGUCUGGGUCCAGCUGGCGUCCAUUUGCGAAAGAAAAAUAUUCACUCCUGCCACAUACCCGGAUGUGGUAAGGUCUAUGGCAAGACCUCACAUUUAAAGGCCCAUUUAAGGUGGCACACCGGCGAAAGGCCCUUCGUUUGCAAUUGGCUAUUCUGUGGUAAACGUUUUACACGCUCCGAUGAACUGCAGCGCCACUUACGCACCCACACUGGGGAGAAACGUUUUGCAUGUCCUGUUUGUAAUAAACGUUUCAUGCGUAGCGACCACCUGGCCAAACAUGUUAAGACCCAUAAUGGCACCGGAACGGGAAUUAAGAAAGGAUCCUCGGAAUCGUGCAGUGAUUCGGAAGAACCCAAUAAUCAAUCGGGUGAUUCAAAUGGUUUAAACACAUCUAUUAAUAAUGGCAACUCAGGCGGCAGCAACAGUCAUCCGGGUACUCCUAAUUCGUUGUCCUCGGGUACUCCAACACAAAAUCAUGGUCAGGGGCUGCAUAUGUCACCGCAUCAUCAUAUGUCCAGUGGUUCACCAGUUAUGCUUAGUCAUCAACAGCAUCAACAAUUGCAGCAGCAACAUCAACAACAACAACAGCAGCAGCAGCAACAUCAACAAGCCCAACAACAUCAUUUACAUCAACAACAACAGCAGCAGCAGCAACAACAACACCAGCAAUCUCAUCCUCACGCUCAUAUGCAUGCCCACACGCAUCAUCAUCACCAUCAUUUGUUGGGUUCGAAUUCGGCUGCAUCCAGUCCCGUAUUGGAUCAUCACAGCACAUUGGUCGAUAUCAAGCCUCCAAUGGUUUGAGGGUCAUUGGGACCCUUUCUGUUCAGUAACUGAACAGAAAUGGGGUCCUACAUAAAGGAUUUCAUACAAACUCUAGCGCU